GACCAGAUAAGCCACACUGGGAAUGGGACCACAAAUCAGAAGCAAGAAAAACUUUUCCUUCUUUCGGGUCUUCCCACUCCGAAGACAUCUCUUUAUUCAAAGGGAAUAAACUUUUCCUCUGAGCAGAAGAAGAAACAGGUGCAAGAAACUCACAGAUGGGAUAAGUAGGGAUAUUUAUUCGUUUUUUUAUUACCUUGCCAAAUAGGCAGGUAUGUAAGUUUUUCACUUACAAACUUAUUUUGAGUUAGCUAUUUAACAACAUAGCCAUUAACUAAACAUGGUUUGACCCUUUAAAAGCAUUUAUGACAUGCUUUAAAGUGAGGUGUGGGGAUCCUAGAAUAAAGCAGCGGAAGUCUUUUGUUAGAAAGGCUGUGAUUUCUAAAGGUGCGUCUCUGGGGCCCUGGUGCAUGGCGCUAAAAGGUGUCGAAGCAGGCAGAGAGGUUUAUUGGUUUCCAUCUGAGUUACAAUGGCAAAGUGGUUCAAGGAGUUCCCCAUCAACCUGAAGAAUGGUACCGACAGGAUCCGCUCAGUCUCCGAGUCAGGCUCACAACCAAGAGCCAGUAAAGCCGGGCUGGUGGCCAGCAUUGGUACCAAAUCACCAGGCUCCAAAACGGGCCAUCGCAAAAACUCCUCUAGUGACAGCACAGGCGGAGGAGGAGGAGGUGGUGGAGGAGUUGGAUCUCUCCUGUCUGGAAGAAACCGCAAAAACUCAGCCAUAGACUUGGGCAAAAAUGGUGUAAGUUCCCCAAAAGAUGGAAAAGUUUGGGAUAGCCUCUUGAUGUCUGGGAAAAGUCGCAAGAACUCCAAAGCGGAGCAGUCUGUAUUUGAGGAGCAGCACAGACCUCUGAAAAACUCCGCAUCCGCCAACGCUUACAUCAGCCGGCUGAUCCGAGUGGACAAACAGGAUAAAAGCCCCAACUUCAACAGCGGUACCAUCACCAAUCAAGUGGUACCAGAAGCAGAGAAACCAGCUCAGUGCAAAACAGAAACGGUGAUCAUCCUUGAGGAUUAUGCGGAUCCCUUCGAUGCUCAGAAGACCAGAGAGCAAAGGGAGGCAGAGAGGGUUGGGGAGAAUGAUGGUUACAUGGAGCCUUACGAUGCCCAGCAGAUGAUUACCGAGAUUAGACGUCGGGGAUCCAAAGACCUGCUGAAGGCGUGUUUGCAGAUGGAGGGGAGUGAGGGAACGGUGGCGGUGGAGGAAGGUCAGCCAGCGACCUUACAGAUCUAUGAUAUCCCGUAUGAGGGAAGUGGUGACAGUGAGAAGACGGCAGUCACACGGCCAGAGCUGGACACUCGUCCCUCUACUGAGUACGAGCUGCCCUGGGAGUGGAAGAAGGAACAUAUUGUCAAAACUCUGUCAGCACAGUUUGACAGCCCUGAGCGCUCAGUCAAAGAUGAGACACCUCACCUCACACUCACUAGGCAGUCGCAACAUUCGCCAGCGCAGCCGCCACAGCUGCCACAGCAUCAGCACCUGAGGCAGAAAAGCUGGACCCAGAAGAUCCUGAAAUCCUCCACUCACACCCUCUCCCCAACUUCCCCCACCCCCGGAAGCAGCCCUGAAAGUGAGACCUGCUUUGUCGACCCCACCCUGCCCCUGGAAAAACAGAGCUGGUACCACGGCUGUGUGACUCGGCAGGAGGCGGAGUUCCAGCUGCAGUCCUGCAAAGAGGCCAGCUUCCUGGUCAGGAACAGCGAGUCGGACAACAGCAAGUACUCCAUCGCCCUCAAAACGAGCCAAGGAUGCGUUCAUAUCAUUGUUGCCCAGACCAAAGAAAACGGCUACACCCUGGACCAGAGCAGCUGCGUGUUCCCCAGCAUCCCAGAGGUGGUGCACCACUACUGCACUCAGCGCCUGCCUUUCAACGGCGCUGAGCACAUGACCCUGCUGCACCCAGUGCCUCGCAUUCAUUAACUCCACUCCACCUCACUUAGGUAAACAAAACAAAGACACCUCUGGGCCUAAAUGGACAACCGGACAAUCAGUUCAACGUGUACUACUGCUGUGUCCUUCUCACCAGUCUCAGUUCAUUAUUUGUUUGUUUAUUAUAUCCCACUUUGUGUGUGUUAAUUUUGUCAUUUUAAUUUCAUCAUGCAGAAUAUAUCUGAAAGCUGUGGAUGUCUUCCUCUGUCUUUGAUGUGCAGCUGAUGCAAAACAUCUUGGCUGCUGUUUUGCAUGUGAACAUGCAGCACAAAUGUGGAGGCACUUUUAUUGAGGAAAUGUGACAUUGAGUUUGAUUUGGCCAGGAUAUGAUGUUUUAUUAUACACUGUGGCUCUAUUUAAAAAAAAGCUACAUGUGAUAUUUUUCUUACUGUUUUUAAGUGAAAUUCACAAUGAAGUAGAAAUUACUUUUGAUGUGAUGUGAAACUCAUCAGUUUGUGGCUCUCUUUCCCCCUCUGGUGGAUGUGCUGGUUCACUGCACCAACUUUGCCAACACAAAGAACGUUCUUAUUUCCCAAGUUUAUAGUGGGUAAAAUCCAUGCACAUAAGCAUGUCAUUCCGCUUAUGAAGAUAUGACCAUUUCUUUUAUUCUUGCAGCAGAUCUAAUUUAUCACUUUUUCCUUGUCAGUUUCCCAUAACCAUUGUCCCUUGAGGAUUUCCUCUGUUGUACUGUGAAAGAGGGAGUUGUUUCUAUUGUACUAUCUGCACUGUGAAGACUGAGUGAUUCACUCUGAUGCAAUGUGCUUGAAAGACCAAUGGCUUUACAAUUGUUAGUGUUUUUCAGUAGAAGCACUAUUGCUACGUUUCUGGCUAAAUGGCCUUGUUUAUUCUGGGUGAACCUGCAAAUUAAUGUGUUUUCUGGUCAGGAAACAUGGUGAAAUUAGUUUCUUAUGUCAAAUUUUUUUCUUAUGUCAAAUAGGGAUCAUUUACAGAUGUAAGUGCAAGAAAUCACAAAUACUGAAAGACAGGAAACAAGUAAAAAACAAGAGGAAGAAAUGUCAGUCUUGUCAUAGCCUUUCUUGAUCUUUCUUGUUCUCCCUCUGAUAAAUGCCCCCUGGUGCUAUGUGACAGAACAGCAAACUGAGAAGAACUAUAACAUGUUCACUGCCAAGUUUUAUUGUGUGUCUUAUCAGUGUGUACUCUAAAUGUAACUCUAACAUUUGACAUGAUGUGUGUGCUCUUAACUUAGUGGUAUGCUGGAAAUCAUUUCGGGUAACUCUCAUCGGCCUGAUGUUAGCCAUUAGGCUGACAGUAAAAUAUUGUAUAACAGAGAUUAAAUCUUUUCUUAUAUGCUUUGGAGGGUUGCCAUUUCCAAAUCUGAUGAUUUAAAGGAAGCCAUUUUGUAGUUUUUGGCAGAGUGUUCAAGUUAUUUGAGGAUACACACCUGCGAUACAUUUUUCAGCACUGUCUUUUGAUUUGUGGAGCCCUGUUGUUCAAACAUUGUAAAACAGAUUAUAA